AUGACCUCUUAUAAAAAUCAUACCUUGUGCCAUUCUACUACAUACUACUGUGUUAUCGAUAACAAAAGUUUAGAAGAACACGAGAGAGCAAUCAGGGCAAGCCGUGAUAUUACUUGUCUUAAACUCGAUUACUUCUUACCUCUUUCUAAUCGUACUAUCGAACGAAGUAACACACAUUCAAUCUUUAUCUACUCAAUUGUCACACAUAUAGAUCAAUGA